AUGACCUCUGACCGGCUCACUCCUGUUCUCACGGUGCGUUCCAUGGAGCAGGUUAAAUCCGAAUGUCCUUUCUCCCAUGGGACGGAGCAGGUGCGCUCUCUGGAGAGACACUUCUCCAACCUGGGAGAGAAUGUACGAUUUGAGAGCGAUGUGGGGAGUUUACUUACUCUGUGCCACAGGACCCAGGCCCUGCAGCACCACAACCUCCUGGUGUGCUCUGUGAGUGGCUUCUACCCAGGCCACAUGGAAGUCAGGUGGUUCCGGAACGGCCAGGAGCAGGAGGACGGGGUGGUGUCCACAGGCCUGAUCUGGAACGGGGACUGGACCUUCCAGACCCUGGUCAUGCUGGAAACAGUUCCUCGGAGCGGAGAGGUUUACGUCUGCCGGGUGGAGCACCCGAGCUGGAGCAGCCCCGUCGCCGUGGAGUGGAGGGCACAGUCUGGAUCUGCACGGAGCAAGAUGCUGAGUGGAGUCGGGGGCUUUGUGCUGGGUCUGCUCUUCCUGGGGGCGGGAAUGUUCAUCUACUGCAGGAGUCAGAAAGGACACUCUGGAGUUCAACCAACAGGACUCCUGAGCUAAGGGGAGGUGACAGCACUGCAGGAGGACCGUGUCCCUGCUUCUCCAGGUCUCGUCCACGUCCCGACUGGAUCCCUGCUCGGCUCUCGUUCUCCCACAGACAGAGGCCCAGGGUGCACAGGACUCUUCCUCCCUGAGGCCUUCUCUGCCCCUGGGCCACCCCGAAGCCCCGGCACAGACUGCAGCCUCCCUUCAUCUCUCCUGGACCCUCUGUGCUCACCGUUUCCCUCCUCCACCUGCCAAACUUCCCUUAGGAGACGUUGCUUUGCCACUUUCUUUUCCUCAAAUAAACAGAGUGAAAAAUCGUGCUCUUCUUAACCUUGUCAGGAGAAAUGUAGAGAAUCAGACAUGAGGAUAGCAUCACGUGCACCACUGGUUGUCAUUUAUGUAUAAGAAGUGUGUGAGAGAAUCCCUAUGUUAAAUGGGUUGGCUCAGCCAGUUCCCAAAGUCUGCAGAGAAAAAUAUCAAGCUCUGUUGUAUAAAUAUAUACAAUUUUUACUUUUCCUUUAAAAUACAUUUUAAAAUAAUAUAGCAACUUAAAACCCAAUGCCUCCAAUGCAA